GAACAUCUUGACAGUAGACACGACUCUCUCUGACGGUGUUGAGGUGGCAGAGAAGUGAAGGUUCUAGCAUGGCCACACGUUGAUUUCUUAUUAUUGCUGGCUGUUUGUGACAAGAAGAAAAAUUAUUGAAAUAUGUUUAUAGUUGAGGGUCACAGUAAUGCAAAAGGGCUGAGUGGAGUUAGAAUGCGUAUCUUGCAAAUUCGUCGUGGUCGCCUCCUGAAGGUGGUGUUGGGGGUGACUGCCGUGGCUGGUGUGUUACUACUCCUGGGAGUCAACUCUCCUCAUACUGCUUCUAUUAGAUCAGCUGGUGCACUCUUAAGUAAAGCCAAACAGAAGGUUACAUACCUUGAAGACAAAGCAGGUAACUUUGAACCGAAAGACAGCCCACCCAGGAAUGGACCUGGUGAAGGAGGCAAAGCAUAUCAUCUCCCCCCUGAUAAGCAGAAUGAAGGGACACAGUCUGUAAGCGAGUAUGGCAUCAACAUGGUAGUUUCUGAUGAGAUUGCCAUGGACCGUGCCAUCCUGGACACAAGACAUCCAGAGUGCAGCCACUGGGAAUAUCCAGAGGAUUUGCCAACAACAACUGUGGUGAUAGUUUUCCACAAUGAAGGUUUCUCUACACUGAUGCGCACAGUUCACAGCGUCUUUGACCGCUCUCCACCUCAGUUCUUGAAGGAGGUGUUGCUAGUAGAUGACUUUAGUAACAAAGCAUCUUUGAAAGAGCCUUUGGAGGAUUACAUAACAAGGUGGAAGGGGAAGGUGAGGUUGAUACGCAACAAGGAACGUGCUGGACUUAUUCGUACCCGCACCACAGGAGCUGAAGAGGCCAGAGGAGAGGUGGUGCUCUUCCUGGAUGCUCACUGUGAGGUCAACAAGAAUUGGCUUCCUCCACUCUUGGCUCCUAUUUACCGAGACAAACAUACCAUGACAGUACCAGUUAUUGACGGUAUAGAUCACAAUACAUUUGAGUACCGACCAGUGUAUGGUGCUGGCAGUAACUUCAGAGGCAUAUUUGAGUGGGGAAUGUUAUACAAGGAGUCAGAACUGCCAAUGGAGAUGGAACGUCAGCGCAUACACAAGAGUGAACCUUACAAAGCUCCAACUCAUGCGGGAGGUUUAUUUGCUAUCAACCGAGAGUACUUCUUGAGUCUCGGUGCUUAUGAUCCGGGACUUUUGGUCUGGGGAGGAGAAAACUUUGAGUUAUCUUUUAAGAUAUGGCAGUGUGGUGGCAGCAUUGAGUGGGUGCCUUGUUCUCGUGUGGGUCAUGUUUACCGGGGAUUCAUGCCUUAUAACUUUGGCAAACUGGCAGAGAAGAAGAAGGGCCCUCUUAUCACCAUUAAUUACAAGAGAGUUAUUGAGACGUGGUUUGACGACAAAUAUAAGGAGUACUUUUACACACGUGAACCUCUGGCAAGGUACCUUGACAUGGGUGACAUUAGUCAACAGUUGGAGCUGAAAAAACGGUUGCAGUGCAAGAGCUUUCAAUGGUUCAUGGAUAAUGUCGCUCCUGACUUACUCCGCAAGUAUCCAGAACUUCCUCCCAACGUGCACUGGGGCGAGCUGCGCAGUCUUGUUGGUGACUUCUGUUGGGACACUGUUGGCCAUGAUGCUCCAGCUGUGUUGGAGACUUAUCCCUGUAUGGGGGACACCCUUGGUGGUGACACUAGUCAGCUCAUCCGGCUAAAUGCAGAAGGCCAGCUAGGUGUUGGGGAGCGGUGUGUUGAUGCCGAUGGCCAAGGUGUAAAGCUGAUCUUCUGUCGUUUGGGAACAGUGGAUGGGCCGUGGCAAUAUGAUGAGCAAAGCCAUGUGAUGCUCCACAAGCGGAUGGGGAAAUGUGCUGCUCUCCACCCCCAGAACAACCAGUUGACUAUGCUUCCAUGUGACCCUAUUAACAAUUACCAGAAGUGGACAUUCAAACAGAUUACUCCUAAGUGGUGAGAAAGUUUCAUUCUACUCUGACAAGUUCGCCUUGGUUUACUGGCAAAAUCCCAUUGAAUCACAUGAUGUAAAACUCCCGGUGUCUGUGGUAAUCUCAGUGUCUGCCAAGAGUAAAACAAAGUCGAUUUCGCCAGUGGCCCGGCGACCAAUCACAGCCCACCUUAUUCCGAGCUAAACAGCAUGUCGGGGAGGAGCGUGCCGACCAGUGAGAAACUCACUACAUUCUAUUUUUGGCGUCCCAGAGGAAGAUGAUGUAUCUGUUGUUGAUCAGAUACGCUACUAGUCAUCUACCCCCCCAGUUCUUUAGUGGAGCACAGUCAUCAUCUAGAGAGAGUUACCAUUAUUGUUUUUUUUUAAAUUUAUUACAAUAUAAAUUUAUUGAUUUGGGUACAGAACUUUUAUUUCAUUAUUUUCAUUAAUGUUAAUUUCACACCAUUUCAUUAUUUGACAUCAAUGUGCACCAAAAUCAUACAUAAAACUUCAUGUAUUACAAGGAUCACAUUCUGCAUUAAAUCACAUUUAAAAUGAGACCUUAUUGAACAGAAGUAAAAAAAUUUUGGAGGUUUUAUGACAUUUUGAUUAUGUGCAAAAUUUAAACCUCAUUUUCUCAAAACUUGGUUUUGGUGUGUUCGCCCUUACAUUAAUCAACACCUCAUAUGCAGGAACACAUGAAGAAUGUUUGAAAAAGUAAGAAUGAUUGUAGUGAUAAUGACUGAUGAAAUUAUGUGAAUGAAUACUAUGGAUCAAACUAUUAGUGGGGUAUGGGUGUACCUGUACAUAUUUUAAAGUACUGUACCUUUAAAUAAGUCUUGAAAACCUGAUGAUAAAUGUUCAGUAACAUUGUGUAUACUGUAAUAAAAUAGUAUGGUGAGGCA